AUGGCUCCCUUGGAUUCCAGGCAACAGCUCCUCCUCUCCAUGCAAGGCCAGGAGAUGUACCUGCCAGAUCUCUGGCCGUACUUUGCCCAUUGGCCCACUGCGGUGAACCCCGGAGUUGACCGCCUGCGGAAGGACGAGAGUGACUGGCUCGAUGCCAACAUCCCUUCGCCAAGGCUCAGGGCAGCAUUCAAGAAGGCGGACUUCAGUCUACUAGGCGCUGCAAGCUCUCCUUGGGCAUCUUAUGAGCGGCUCAGGAUCGCCUCGCUCUUGAUUGUUUGGAUCUUCGUCGUGGACGAUGAGCUCGACAUGGAAGAUGCGACUUUGGUCGAUGAUCUCGAGGCCUCGAACAGAUACCGCUAUGACCUCAUUGAGCUCGUGCGCGAUCGCCUUGGACUCUCGAAGGGUGAUACCGCGUACGAGAGUCGCCUAGCCAGCGAUAUAGGGUACAGUCACAUCAUUCAGAGCUUCACUGAGAUCGGCGAUGCAAUCCGGAAGGCGUACAACAUCGAGCAAAGACAAAGGUUGUUUGACAACAUCAAGUUCUACCUUGACAUGACCAAAGCGGAACAGUGCUCCAGAUUGGGUGGUGGAAUCCCCAGCCCCCAGGAAUACUGGACAUUCCGUGAUGGCGCCAGUGCUGUGGAGGCAACCCUUGCCAUGAUUGAAUUCCUUGGGGAGUGUAAGGGACUUCCAGCGCAAGUGUUUGAGGAUCCCGACAUGAAGAAGAUAUGGACUCUUACCAACGUCAACGUGUCCUGCGUCAAUGAUAUAUUCUCUUGCAAGAAAGAGAUGGCCGGCUUGUCGAUCGCAAAUACGAUUCCAAUCUUUUACGCAGCCGCUACGGACAGCGAAGACCGACUCCAAGCUGCAACCGAGCGAGCCGUGGACCUGAUCGCCCGCACCAUCUCCGAAGUUGAUGUCUUGACCGACAGGCUCAUGCUCCGCUACGGUAGCGAGGAUCCCGAUGACGAAACAACGAAGGAACUGCAGAUCCUCAUCGACGGCUGCAAGACCUGGUGCACGGGGAACCUUUACUGGAGUUAUGAAACUAAGCGGUACGGCAAACUCGGCGAUAAGCGCAGCAAAGAUGGAAGCCUCACUAUUCAGUUGUGA